AUGUCAUCUCUGAGCAGAGAGUUAGUUUUCUUAAUCCUUCAGUUCUUAGAUGAAGAAAAGUUCAAGGAAUCUGUCCACAAGCUUGAGCAGGAAUCAGGCUACUUUUUCAAUUUGAAGUAUUUUGAAGAGAAAGCUCUCCUCGGAGAGUGGGACGAAGUGGAGAAGUAUCUUUCUGGCUUCACCAAGGUUGAUGAUAAUCGAUACUCGAUGAAAAUUUUCUUCGAGAUCAGGAAGCAAAAGUACCUCGAAGCUCUAGAUCGACAUGACAGGGCAAAAGCUGUUGAGAUAUUAGCUAAGGACUUGAAAGUAUUUGCGACAUUCAACGAGGAGCUUUACAAGGAAAUCACUCAGCUUCUAACUCUGGAGAACUUUAGGGAAAAUGAACAGUUGUCGAAAUAUGGUGAUACUAAAUCAGCCAGGGGUAUAAUGCUUGGGGAGUUGAGAAAAUUGAUUGAGGCAAAUCCUCUGUUUAGAGAGAAGCUUGCUUUACCCACUUUCAAGGCUUCACGCCUGCGAACCUUGAUCAAUCAAAGCUUGAAUUGGCAACACCAGCUAUGUAAAAACCCAAGGCCUAACCCAGACAUCAAAACAUUGUUCACUGAUCACACUUGCUCACCACAAAAUGGUGCUCGAGCACCCACUCCUGUGACUCUUCCAGUUUCUGCUGUAGCAAAGCCUUCAACAUAUGCUCCUCUUGGGGUACAUGGUGGACCGUUUCAGCCUAAUGCUCCGACUCCUAAUCCAAAUGCUUUAGCUGGAUGGAUGGCAAACCCAAAUCCAUCUGCAUCAGUUCCUUGCGGUGUUGCAGCCUCUUCCCCAUUUCCUAUGCAACCAAAUCAAGUUGCUUUGCUGAAACACCCUCGGCCACCCUCUAACUCCCUUGGAAUGAUGGAUUAUCAAAGUGCCGAUCAUGAACAACUUAUGAAACGUUUACGUUCUGGACCAACUGGUGAUGAGGUCACAUAUCCUGCUCAUUCUCAGCCUGGUGCCUCAAUCGAUGACCUCCCUAGAAAUGUAGUUAGUACUAUGCGGCAAGGGUCGGUGGUGUUAAGCAUGGAUUUUCACCCUAUCCAUCAUACGUUGCUCACUGUUGGUUGUUCCAACGGCGAAGUCACCUUAUGGGAAGUUGGAUCCAGGGAGAAGGUUGUCACAGAGCCUUUCAAGAUAUGGAAUAUGGCGACUUGUUCUGUGAUGUUCCAGGGUUCUAUUGUCAAAGACCCAUCAAUCUCCGUUAGUCGUGUAUCAUGGAGUCCAGAUGGAAAUUUGAUUGGGGUUGCGUUUACUAAACAUCUGAUCCAUGUAUAUGCUUACCAAGGGUCUGACUUACGUCAACAUCUAGAGGUGGACGCUCAUGUAGGCUGUGUGAAUGACUUGGCCUUUGCGCACCCAAACAAGCAGCUCUGUGUUGUUACUUGUGGGGAUGAUAAACUUAUAAAGGUCUGGGACUUGAGUGGAAAGAAACUUUACACCUUUGAAGGGCACGAGGCACCAGUUUACUCCAUUUGCCCUCACCAGAAGGAAAAUAUCCAGUUUAUAUUCUCAACCGCUCUUGAUGGUAAGAUCAAGGCUUGGCUCUAUGAUAAUGUGGGGUCUAGAGUUGACUAUGAUGCACCAGGACAAUGGUGUACAACUAUGCUAUACAGUGCUGAUGGUAGCAGAUUAUUUUCUUGUGGAACAAGUAAAGACGGAGAUUCUUUCCUGGUUGAGUGGAAUGAGAGUGAAGGUGCCAUAAAGAGGACAUAUUUGGGCUUUAGAAAGAAAUCCGCAGGGGUGGUUCAAUUUGAUACAACACGGAACCGAGUUUUGGCUGUUGGAGAAGAUACCCAAAUAAAAUUCUGGGAUAUGGACAGUACUAAUCUCUUGACAACUGUAGAGGCUGAUGGAGGACUUCCGAGCCUUCCCCGUUUGAGGUUCAACAAGGAAGGAAACCUUCUUGCUGUUACUACUGCUGAUAAUGGAUUCAAGAUCCUUGCUAAUGUGGAUGGUCUUAGAACCUUAAGGGUCAUGGAAGCUCGUUCCUUCGAAGCAUCCAGAGCAUCGACAGAGAUGAAGGUAUCCACACCCGCAAUGAUUACAAGCAUCAACCCAUCUAUCGGUAAAAUGGAACAAAUGGAUAUUGGCUCUCCUGCGAGGCUAACCCCUAUUCCUAAUGGAAUUGAUGCAAUGUCAAGAACUAUGGACAAGCCUAGAAACUUGGAGUCUGUUGAAAAGUCCAAACCUUUGGAGCUCGUGGAAGUUAUUGAUCCCGCUCAGUGCCGACAAGUGACCUUUGCAGAUGGCAAGGAUUCUGUUGGCAAGGUUGCUCGGCUUCUUUAUACAAAUUCUGGUGUUGGCAUUUUGGCUCUUGGAACAAAUGGUCUCCAGAGACUAUGGAAGUGGAGGUGCAGCGAGCAAAAUUCAUCUGGAAAGGCUACCGCUAGUGUCGCUCCACACCAUUGGCAACCUAACAGUGGUCUCUUAAUGACGAACGAUGUUCCGGAGAAUCCUGAGGGAACUAUUCCGUGCAUAGCUCUUUCUAAGAAUGACUCAUAUGUAAUGUCUGCUUGUGGUGGAAAGGUUUCGUUGUUUAAUAUGAUGACUUUCAAGGUAAUGACCACUUUCAUGCCACCUCCUCCUGCCUCAACGUUCCUGGCAUUUCAUCCUCAAGAUAAUAACAUAAUUGCAAUUGGGAUGGAGGAUUCAACUAUCCAUAUUUACAACGUCAGGGUAGAUGAGGUGAAAACAAAGUUGAAAGGCCACCAAAAGCACAUCACUGGUUUAGCCUUCUCUGCUGCUCUCAAUCUUCUGGUUUCCUCUGGUGCUGAUGCUCAGCUCUUCUUCUGGAGUGCUGACUCAUGGGAAAAGAAGAAAUCUUCAGCUAUCCAACUACCAGCUGGAAAGUCACCAGUAGGCGACACACGGGUCCAGUUCCACAAUGACCAGGUCCAUUUACUGGUUUCUCACGAGACACAGAUAGCCAUAUAUGACGGUUCAAAGAUGGAGUGCAUUCAAAAGUGGGUGCCACAAGAAUCGCUAUCUUCACCCAUAACCUGCGCAACUUACUCGUGCAACAGCCAGUUAGUGUAUGCAUCAUUCGCCGAUGGAAACAUCGGAAUCUUCGACGCUGAAUACUUGAGGCUCAGAUGUCGUAUUGCGCCAUCAGCCUAUAUGCCUCAACCAUCACCGAACAGUGCUCCAAUCAUGCCGCUGGUAAUCACAGCUCAUCCUCAAGAACCGAAUCAAAUAGCUCUUGGACUCUCUGAUGGGUCGGUUAAAGUGAUUGAAACCCCGGAUCCUUUUAGAAGAUGGGGCAUUGCAGACAAAGCGGGAACCGAAAAUGGCCGGCCUUCGAGUUCGUCAGCGGCUAAUAACUCUGGUUCAGAUCAGAUUCAAAGGUAG